GGCCCAGGAGGCUGCAAUAGUUGGGGUGGCUGAGGGAUAAGGCCCUGGCCCUGCCCCUGGCCUCCCCUCCCUUCCCCCAGGUAUAAGAGCUGAGCUCAGAUGAGCUGCCUCAUCCAUCCUGUCUCCGAAGCUGCCAGCAGGCAGAUCAUGAUCCAUCAGCUCCGGUGGGGCAGGCUGUAGGACAGACAACCAAAGUCACCCACGGAAGGAGCGGCCAGUGUACCAGGCACCAUGGGACAGUGUCGGUCAGCCAAUGCUGAGGAUGCCCAAGAAUUCAGUGAUGUGGAGAGGGCCAUUGAGACGCUCAUCAAGAACUUCCAUCAGUACUCUGUGGAGGGUAGAAAGGAAACGCUGACCCCCGCUGAACUGCGGGACCUGGUCACCCAGCAGCUGCCACACCUCAUGCCGAGCAACUGUGGGCUAGAAGAGAAAAUUGCCAACCUGGGCAACUGUAAUGACUCGAAGCUGGAGUUUGGAAGCUUCUGGGAGCUGAUCGGAGAAGCAGCCAAGAGUGUGAAGAUGGAGAGCCCUGUUACUCGGAGCUGAGGGACCUCUUCUUGGAAUUUGGUGGGG